AUGUCAAAGUCUUCCCAAAAGUCAAUCCCGUCUUCUUCGUCAUCUUCUUCAUCUUCGUCGAGCGAACCCCGGGGUGGAUCACACCUCGGACUCGGCGACGGAUCUCAAGACGACUCGAGCUCCGGAAUGAAUAGUAUUCCCCACAGUCGUCCCAACGCCCCCCAGCCCAAGGGAAAACCCAUUCCCAGGAAGAAACUGACAGUGGAAGACCUGUUCGACGCUCGAGGACUCCCGCAAUUGGGACUCCUUCGAAAUCAUAUGAAGGAGGAAGGCCGAUUGUCGGAGGCCGGGGCACUUAAGAUCCUAAGAGACACGACAACAUUGCUCACUAAGGAGCCGACUCUGAUGGAGAUCCCGGCGCCUGUCAUCAUCUGCGGGGACAUCCACGGACAGUACUAUGACCUCCUUCGCCUCCUCAAGAUAGGGGGCAGUGCCAGUGAACACACCUACUUGUUCCUUGGGGACUACGUGGACAGGGGCAUGUUCAGCAUAGAGUGUGUGUUACUACUCUAUGCCAUGAAGAUUGCUUAUCCUAAACAUGUACUCAUGCUCAGAGGAAACCACGAAUGCAGGCAUCUCACUAAAGUGUUCACCUUUAAAGAGGAAUGUCUGGCUAAGUAUUCUGAGACAGUGUACAAGGCAUGUAUGGAAUCUUUCGACGCCUUACCUCUUGCGGCCAUAGUGAACAAACAGUUUUUCUGUGUACAUGGCGGACUGUCUCCGAGGAUUAAAAAAGUGGCUGAGAUACACAAAAUUGACAGAUUUAAGGAACCCAACAGAAAAGACGCCAUGACAGACAUGUUGUGGAGUGACCCCUCAAAAACAUAUGGGAAAGACAGCACUGCGGAGAACUACACGUUCAACACCUCCAGACAGAUCUCCUACUUCUUCACAUACAAGGCAGUCUGCGAGUUCCUCAGAGAGAACGACCUCAUUUCUGUCAUCAGAGGCCACGAAGCACAGGAUGCAGGAUACAGAUUUACUAGAACAUUUGUGCACCAACAGUAUCCCUACUGGCUGCCCAACUUCCAGAAUGGACUGGUGUGGUCACUCCCGUUUGCAGCCAAACUCAUCACACACGUCCUACUAUCCGUCAUAGGACUGUGCACUGAGGAGGAGUUGUCUAAGGCGGGUGCCGUCGAUGAUUCGUUACUCAAUAAGGCGAAAGCAGUGAGCAAGAUGGCCAACUACUACGACAAAGUGGCUGAGGACAACGACCUAGCUGUAAAAAUGAAGGGUCUGAGUGACAAUGAGCAGUUGAGGAAGGACAUUCUGACGGGGGAGGAGGACAGUAAGGAGGCGAAGGAGUUGCAGGCGGGACGCAGACUCUCCUUCCGGGAGGCGAAGAAGCUGGACACUGAGAACGAGCAGAUGCCCACCAAUGACACCAGUCAGUUCGGUUAAAUUCUACUCACCACACUUGUAAAACCAUU